GUUUUGCCGUGCUGCUUAGAGUUUGUAGUGCGCAGCCAGCUGUGCUUCGCUCCGCCUUGAAUGAAGCUGUAACCGCAAAUGAAGCAACUGUGUUGGCAAGGGCUGGCCCUGAUUGGCUGCCUUUCCAUCACUGCUGGCGCCGUGAAGAGGCCCUCUUCUCGGGUCCGGCAUGUGGGUGACAAUAGCUACCACCCAGCAUUUUCCUUCCUGGAGACGCACGAAGUUCUCAAUGAUGAGGUGAUGGAUCAGAUCCACAGUGCGCUCUCAGGAGUAUCAAGAAGUACUAGGCACUUUGAUAGAUAUUUGGCAUCUCUAGAAGAUGCUUUAGUUUCUCUGAUGAGGCAAAAGGAUGAUUCCCCAUACCUUUCCGAUGCCAUCAACAACAUUUUGCACGUGGCAAAUGUGACAUUGAAGAAAGGUAUCAUCGAUCAGCAUGCGGCUGCUCAGCAGGCAGUUGCCAAUGCGGACGGCGAAGUUCUGAAGUGCCACGGCUCUUUAAAGAAAGCGCUGAACGCCUCCGACAGCCUCCGCGAUGAAUUGCUUGCGAAGAGCAAUGCUACUAGAAAUUGCUACAAUUCCGAGACGGCAUCGUCCGAAAUGACAACGGCUUUGCUUUCUCUCCCAAGGCUUUUGAAUGCCAAGACGUCAGAUUGCAAGAAUUUCCUGAUGGCAUCUGACGUGAACGAAGCUCCCUUUGAGGCGUGGGCCCUGAAAUGCGACCACCAUGACGAUCCAAGUGUUGGGACCUACCUGAUGAAGCAACUGAUGCAUUGGGAGGCCCUUCUUGAGCAGUAUGAUGCAAUUGAGCACCGGUGCAAGCAUUCCAUCGAGCUCUACUCAGCACAGGUCUCAAGGUAUACAGCCCUGAAAGGCCGACAAAAGCACGGUGUUGGGGAGUGCCGUGCUUUGCAAGAUGAUUUGGACUCAUCUGCCUGCAAGCAGGCCAUGGGACGCAUUGAAUCCUGCGCUGGAUAUCAGGAUUGCAUCAAAGAAAGCAUUGGCCAUAGAGCCGCUGCACACGAGACCAUUUGCAAGGGAGAAGAUGGGUUGAAGGAUCAGUGGUAUGCAAUCUCCACUGUGGAGUGCUUCUUCAACGCAUAUCGGGACACAGAGAACCUCAAGGACCUGAAAGCGAGCCUUGACACUUGCAAGUCUUUGCCGAAGUCACACUACGACGUCUCAAGAUUUGAAGUGCGGGGCUGCCACUCCACGGAGGCAGCGCUUUUUGAAGCUUUGGACUCCACGAAGCCGAACUCAACGAGCUCUAUGGCCUGUGCAGCAGUCAAAGUGGAGGUCCUUCCGGACGAUCCUUUUUUGCCUGGCACAGAUGCUUAUGAAGCCACAUACUACAAUGGCUUUAGUGCGCAAAGGUGCAACGCAACUUGUUGCUUGAAUCCGCCUUUCCCAACAACCACCACCUCCACAACAACCACUACGACCAGUACAUCUACGACGACGACCACCACGACAACCACUACAACCAUUUGCACAGAUGUCAAGAAGGGGUGCUUACAAGAUGUUGAAUCCUGCAACAAUACUGGAUCCGGACGAGUCUUGGCAGUGCGAUCUCUACCUCAAUGCCAAGAUGGUGUACUCGAAUUUCAAAGUCAUGAGCAAACUGAUUGCGACUACACAGCUGAGAAGCUGCGGAUUCUCCUGAACAAGGGGAGAAAUCAGACUUGCUUCGACGUUCCAAUUGACAAAGUAGAAAUGCGACAUGUCUAUGUGGAUGAUGUGUGGGUUCCAACAGUGCGGGUAUAUCCGAAUCGGUUCUCCCUUGGAUUGAACUGUGCUGGGCUGGCACAGAGCUUGAAAGCUGAAUGGUUGGAGAAACAGUCAGAGCCUUGGCUUGCAAUGGUGCAAGCAGGCAUGGAGCCUGGCAAAGACUCGGACUUGCAAGUACGAGUUCAACCUGGUUGUGUUCCUUUGAACCCGAAGCCAAGUCAAUGUGCAAAUGGGCAGUUGACUCUGACCUCCAAGUUGACACCGACAUGCGACAACGGUGCUUAUCCCCUUGAGAUUGGUCUGAACUCAACCGAUGCAAGUCAGAACGACUGCGAGAUCAACGGCACGCUGAAAGUGAGUUUGGGAACAUGUCUUGCGUCCACCUUCAAGAAGUUGAAGGUCCUUUCCAAUGGGACUCACUUCGGUGCAGCUCGCUUGUAUCCGGUGAAUUCUCCGACCUUGUUGCCAUGUGAAGAGAUGAUUGACGUGGUCAAAGGUUUAGUCAGUAUCUAUGGUACCGACAUGGUGGUAUCCGAUAGUUGUUACCUCCCCCCAGCUCCGUCUACACCAGCUCACAUUGCUCCUGCUGCUCCAGCGCGUAUCGCGCCCAUUGUAGAACUGCCAAUGUGCAAAGGCAGCAGCAUGGCAGUGCGCGCCACAUCCACUGCUGCUUGCUACAACAAUCGGAGCUUCCUCCAGUUCAACAUCAAUAGUUCCAGCAUCGAGAAGAACUGCCAAAUGGCCGGUAGCUUGCGUGUCACUGCUGAGGGAAGCUGUGUGCCAAUGCAGAUCAGCAAAGUACAAAUGGCUUCAUCCACAUUAAGACUUUUCCCUGACCCAACCAACAGUUCCAAGUUGACGUGCGCUUCAAUUGAGGCUUUGUUUGAAAUGUUUUUGGAACCCACAGGAGGAAAACUUGAGAUUCAAGAGACUUGUGUCGCUCCAAAAGUGGCCACCACCACGACCACUACUGUGGCUUUGGCACCCUGCAGUUUGAUCGCCAAGGAUUAUUCUUUGGUGGUCACGGCAGAUGCAACAUGCGGCGGCAGCAGCACCACAAAAGACUCCACAGGCUCCAGCAUGUCUUUCAGGAUCAAAAAUGAUUCCGUGACUCACCUAGCAGAUUGGGCAGCUAGGCUCAAUUGCUUUAUCGAGCAGGAGACGCCUUUGAGGAUGUUUGAUGACGAAUUCUGUUAUCCAUUUCCAGCUUGCAGGGUGGAAUUGUCGAGGACCCGAGACGGCGGAGCUCAAGUCACAGCUCUUUUUGAUGAAGCCAGGUGCUUUGGAGAUAGUGGCUUUGCAGCCUGGUUCAACGCCUAUUUCCGUCCACCUCUGACUUCAGAGGACAAGGAAGUGGGUAUUGCUGCUGAUUGCCCCAAACUAGCACAGACCACGACUACGACAACCAGGCCAAGCCCGGUGGUGUCUUUGCAAACCUGCCCUUUGGAGGACUUGCAUCUUGUGCUUGAAUCCGACGCUCACUGCGAAUCAGAUAUGCGUUUCAAGGUGAAGUACCGGGGUCUUUGGGAAGGUUCUUGUGAACUGCUGGGAACUCUUCGUCUUUUUAGCCAAGACCAAUGCCACCCGAGCAUCUUCAAGAAGAUCCAGCUUGAACACGACAGUGACCAUGUGGUGCUACGAGCUGAUGGACCUUUAAGUCUCUCGAGCUGCCCUCUCUUCAAUGCCUUGUUCCGGAAACCAGCCCCGAUUUACAUUGGUCAUGCAUGCCCUCCCAGGGUCACGACCAUUUCAGAUUUGGGUGAGGUUUCUCCGCAAACAGAUCUUCCUCCAUGUGCAGGACAUGUUCACAUGCAGGUGAAGACAGUAGCAACCUGCCCUGGGGAUUCUUCUUUCAUGCGAUUUGCUGUCACAUCCAAUGUGGUAGACUGCGAGAUGGAUAUGCCUGGAUUGCGAUUGUCUCGAAAUGGGCAAUGUUUGUUCGCACACUUCCGUCGAGCCCGAAUUGUUUCGAAGGGCUACAGAGUAGCUGAAGUCUAUGGAAGUGGAACGCACAGCUGUUCGGGCAGUGAGGGCUUUGCGACCAUGUUCAAUCUGCUUUUCAGACCUCCGCUUGUAGCAGAUGGAGUGCAGGUGACUUUGCAGCAUGGCUGCCUUGAGUCUUCUCUUCCAACUCCAAUCAGAGCUCUUGCUCCCGGCACUUGCACCAACUCAGAUGUUCCGCUCCGGUUGAUUUUGCAGUCGCCCAUUGAAUGCUCUGAAGAUGGCAGCUACCAAUUUCGAAUCAGCGCUGGUAUCGGCCCCACAGAUUCAGUCGAUCUCAGCACACAAGAAUGCUCCAUCGAAGGACCAGAUCUAAUGAUUUACGAUGAGAAGGAACAGUCAAAUUGUAAUGGGAUGAGUUUCCAGAAGAUUCACUUUCGACCAGAAGGCAUGUCCAUUUCUGGAGUGGCUUUUCCCGCUCCCGGUGCACUCUGCAACAGCGCAGAAGGUCAAAAACCGGAUGCGAAGUACACUCUUGGACAUGAGAUUCUUGUAGGACGAUGUCGUGAUGUGCCACAGUGUUCUGAAACUGUGAUGACUUCAAAGUUCAUCGUGCAGUCUGAAGCGACAUGUUCCCGCGAUCAAAGCUACAUGGAGUUUCAACUGGAUGGGCCUGUUGAAAAGGAGUGCACCUUGCCAUCUGGACUUCGCAUGGUGUAUGGCCGUGACAUUUGCAUGCCUGGUGAUAUCCACAAGGUGGUCUUGGUUCCUGGCGACACGAGAACCGUUGCUCGGGUGCAUUUUGGAGGAGACAUGCCAAACAUGGUGCCUUGUGCCGGUAUCGAAGGGCAUGCUGCAGCCUUCAAUGAGCUUUUCCGCAAGAACCCAGAUGCUGAAAGUCUAAGCUUUGGUGGCUGCCCAGCAGCCCCUCGAGCUCUUGCAGGACGAGCCCCUGUGUGCCCUAUGUCGGCUGAAGGCAUUGCCAUGAUAGUAACAUCCGAGGCUACCUGCACUGAUGACAAUAUGAGUUUCAGAGUUGAUGCCGCUGGCCUGCCCAAUGCUGACUGUGCUCUGGAUCAAGGGGUGCUGAACAACCAAAGAUUGUGUUGGGAUGAUCUCCAGGCCAAGAAGAUUCACUUUCAGCUGAUGGACGGCUCGUUCGUGGUGCAAUUGACAACGGAGGCAUCCGCCUGCAGUGGUCCUGGUGGCUACAAGUCGAUUUUCUCCGCGUUGUUUCCACCUGGCUCGGAAUUGCGGAUACACCACGCUUGUCCUUUGGAGCCUUGCACGUCUCUCCCGGACGAGUGGACCUUGAGGUCCAAAGCCUGGUGUAGCGGGGGAAGUGAAACUGAAGACGGCGUAGUGCAGAAACUGCAUUUUCAGGUGGAUUCCAGUGCGGUAGAUGUCGUGGGAUGUGCUUUGCCGGCAACAUAUCAGCGUAUGCUCUAUGGAGAUGUGUGUUUGCCUUGGGUGGUAGACAAAGUAAGGAUCAUCUCUGGAAAGCAGACAGAUUCCGUGAGUUUGUCGAUUGCGGAUGCCAGCAUGAACUGCAGCGGAAUUGAGUCCGUGAUAAAUCAGUUUGGUGCCACCCAGGAACCUCCCAAGAUCAGCUUCAAAACAGCUUGUCCAGCUCGUCCUCAAGCGAAGGUGGAGAAGACUGAGAACGCUAUAGUACUUCCUCCAAAGAAGUCAAACCACAGCCACCACUGUCCCACAGCAGUUGAGGGCCUGGAAAUGGUUGUAACUGACAAUGCAACAGCUUCUUGUGGCAAAGACCUAUCUUUGCGCUUGCCAAUUGCAUCCAUUAGCAAUCGACACUUGGGGUGCAUCCUGGCCGGCCAUCUCAAGGUUUCUAUUGACGACAGAUGCAUACCAAUCCCGGUCGCGAAGGUGCAGUACUUGUCAGAUGGGCAUGCCGUUGUCGCAGAAAUAUUUCCCGACUACAACAAAACUGCUUUGAAUUGUCAUAUGCUCGCACACCAGCUCACAUCCAUCAUAGAUUUAUACGGGAAUGGCUUGCAGAUUGCAAGUGGCUGUAGCAUGGCAAUCACAGCUAAGACGGAGCUGGUCCAUGUAACUACAACUACAACAACAGUGGCUCCUCCAGUGCCCUGCAAUGCCUUGAAAAGUAUGGAUAUGGAUAUUUCUGAAGAUGCUGUGUGCAAGGGGAAUUCCAUGGUUUUUCAAGUGCCCAAGAAGGCACUGAAGCUAGCAGAUUGGUGUCAGUCACCAGGUCUUAAUUGCUUCUUCAAGGUGGACAACAUGACCAUGUCCAGUGAAGGCUACUGUCAAGCGAUCGCAGGCCUUCGAAUCACUUCAGAUCCUGAGGCUGAGGAUGCUGACAUCGCGACAGUUAUUGCAGACUUUCCGAAUUCUCAAGCUUGCUCUUCAGAUGCGUUUGGUCAAACCGUCCGGUUUCAGACCGGGUGUCCACCCUCAGCAGUCCCCUGCUUCACUCAAGAGCAGGACUUGGUGGUUACUUCUUUAGCAAGAUGUGAUGCUGAAAGUCUGGUCUUCGGUUACCGGCCAGGCUCACAUUGCAAACUGGCCACGGAGUCAGUGAGACUUCUUGAUUCCAAAGGUAGGUGCUUUCCAGUGACCUUCAAGAAUGCCACCAUGGCACCUGCCCUGGUACGACUGCAUCCAUUGGAUUCCCCUUUCAACUGUGCUGAGAUUGCCUCAUACUUCAACAGUUUGAUUUUGCACAAAACUGAAGAUGUGCGCAUGGCAGUGCCUUUGGCCAUGAGGGGCUCAUGUGAGCAUGUAACGGCCGUAAUUCCACAAUGCACCACAAAAGACAUGCUGACAAUGGUCAUGCAAUCAGAGGCUCGAUGUUCGCAAGAUGGGACUUAUUACUUUGAGGCACAGCCUGGCAGUGCAAGUAUUGAUGUGGAGUGCAAGUUUGACGGCCCAAAUCUGCGAGUCUUUGAUGGACACAAGUGUUUGCCUGGUUUGUCCUUCCGCAAGUGGCACUUGCUUCCGCUGGGUGAUUCGGUGAUCGUCACCGCAAAUCCGAUUGAGUCCCAGAACUGUACGGGAGCAAACAGUCACAUAGAGGAGUUCAACACAUUUCUUGGUAAAAGUCUCAGUGUGAAGCAUGGCUGCAUUGUUGAACCGGAAGCUCCAUCCUUUUUGCCGUGCUUGACUUCAAGCGACUCAAGCAGGCCUCUGACAUUCAAGAUGAAAUCCAGUCCUUCCUGCGAUGACGGAGGCUUCUACUACUCAUUUGAGGUGACAUCAGGCUUUCUUCCAGCUGAUGCGGUUGACAUGACCACAACCAAGUGUAUGUUGGAGGGCGAUGGAUUACAGAUUCUCAAAGGCGAGGACUGCGUGCCAACUUUGUCCUUACAAAAGGUGCAAUUCUUGCCUACCUACGGAUCUAUAGUUCUCAAUGCAUACCCGGCCACAUCCCAGGCUUGUGAUGGAGCAGCUGGACAUGUUGCACAGCUUGAGAAGAUGUUCGCAGUGGGAGAUGCUGUAUCUUUCAAAACAGGAUGCCCUGCGAUGGCGCAAGUAUCACUACCUGCUACAUCUCCAAUUCCUGCUGUGGCACCAGCGCCGGUGCCUGUUCUGCCUAGCACAAUGCCGAAGCAGAAGCUUGGCUUGUGCACACGUUCGGAACACCCACUUCAAGUUGCAUUGAAAUCAGAACCACGGUGCUCUGAUGACGGAGGCUUCUACUACUUCGAAGUUGCAGCAGGCAUCCUUCCUGCAGAUGCGGUUGACAUCAGCACAGAGGAAUGUGUGUUGGAAGGUCCUGGAUUGCAGAUUCUGAAAGAUGAGCAUUGCAUGCCGACUUUAUCGCUACAAAAGUUGCAGUUUUUGCCUAUCCAUGGUUCUGUGAUUCUCAAUGCAUACCCUGUUGCAUCCCAGGCUUGCAAGGGGCCUGCUGGACAUCUGGAACAGCUUGAGAAGAUGUUCACCUUAGGGGAUGCUGUGUCUAUCAGGACCGGAUGUCCCGUGAUGUCCGUCUUGCCAUCUAGUCCGGCACCGGCAGCAGCUCCGAAGCAUCCUCGAUUGUGCACACAUUCUGAAGAGCCAAUGACAUUGGUUGUAAAAUCGGAUGCCCGGUGCUCAGCCGAUGGCAGCUUCUACUACUUCAAUGUUGAGGCCGGUGUGCUUCCAGCACAGUCAUUUGAUAUCAGCAGAGUGGAAUGUGAAAUGAAGGGCCCAGGACUCAAUGUCUACAGGAGUGAAACAUGUAUCGACUCAAUGGAAAUGGAGAAGAUACACUUGCUACCACUUGGCACGUCCAUCGUGGCAACAGUUUUUCCAGCUGGUUGGCAGACUUGCUCUGGUCCCCAUGGACAUCUCGCACAGUUCAACGCCAAUUACAAAGUCGACCAACCAAUUUCCGUGAAACAGGGCUGCAAACGGCCCAUGGUCAGCACACGUCAGCAGCCAUGCACACAGUCAGUCCAAGCCUUUGCACUUCAGCUGAAAUCAGAACCACGGUGCUCUGAUGAUGGAGGCUUCUACUACUUCGAAGUUGCAGCAGGCAUCCUCCCUGCAGAUGCGGUUGACAUCAGCACAGAGGAAUGUGUGUUGGAAGGUCCUGGAUUGCAGAUUCUGAAAGAUGAGCAUUGCAUGCCGACUUUAUCGUUACAAAAGGUGACCUUCACUCCACUGGAGCAUGCCAUCAGCUUGAGAGCAUUCCCAGUAGCAUCUCAAGAGUGUGGUGGGCUUUCAGGACACGUGGAGCAACUGAAAGCCCUCUAUCGACUUGAUGACAUGAUGGCAAUGAAACGAUGUGAGACGCUUCCACUAAGCCCAGUGCCAAGCCCAGCAUCUCCUGUGGCAUCGCCCAGUCCAUUUCCUUUGGUUCCUUCGGUUCCGAAAAAGCUGCCUAAUUGCCUCACCGAGGGACUGUUGACCUUGAGGAUUGAGUCACCAGCAAGGUGCUCUGAUGCGGGUGGCUCCUUUUUCUUCGAAGCAAAAGCAGGAGUCAUGCCUCUUGAUGCCCUUGAUGUGAGCAUCGAAGAAUGCAUCUUAGAAGGUCAGCUGGGCUGUUCCGGGCCAGCAGGUCAGCUUGCCUUCAACAGUGCAUAUCAUGUUGGACAGAUGGUCUCAAUGAAGCCUGGGGAAUGUACCCUCGCGGCACACGCAGCACCUCCCAGCUGUUUCGGAAACACCUCUGCGUCGACAGCAAUGGCUUUAGCCUUGACCCUGCUUGUGGAGACCUCCGCAGAAUGUUCAGAUGGAGGGUAUACUUUCAAGGUCAAGGCUGGCACCGUUCCAGAAGCUGCAGUGGACAUCAGUACGAAUGAGUGUGAACUACAAGGGCCCUUGCACUUGUACCAAAGCGGGAUCUGUUUGCAAAACAUCUCCUUGAGGAGAGUGUUCUUUUCUCCUACGAAAGAUUCCAUCAUGGUACAUCUAUAUCCGGAACAAGGCUGUUCCGGCUUCAGUGCCAAAGUUGGUGAGAAAAUAUCCAUGAAGCCUGGUCCUUGUGAGGUUACUCCGACCGCAGUGGUGCCUGAAUCGGUGCCUGAAUCCAUCCAACCUUGCCUCCCAAAGAUUCUGAGCUCAGAAUCGGUGACCCUGACGAUUCAGUCGGAAGCCAAGUGUUCUGCUGACGACACCUCAUACUACUUCAAGGUGGGUGCAGGAAUGCUACCAAGUGAGAUGCUGGACAUCAGCACGAAUGAAUGCGAAAUGCAAGACUUAAAUUUCAUGUCUCAGAACAAGUGUUUGCAGACCAUGAAGUUGCAGAAGCUUCAUUUCCGUCCCCUUGGAACCUCAAUUUUGGUUGCAGCCUAUCCCAAGAAUCAGAGUUGUUCAGGUCCCCGGGGGCAGCUCGCAGAGUUCAACAGCAAUUUCAAAGUUCAUCAUCCAGCAUCCUUGAAGCACUGCGAUUAUGACGAAGCCCUCAUCGCUCCAGCACUCCCUGCGAAGCCAGUGAUGUGCACAAGCUCUGUGGAGGUGAUGACGUUCACGCUGCAUUCCAGUGCACAAGGAUGUUUGAACGGAGGCUUCUACUCCUUCCGAGCUUGA